ACUGUCAUUGCAGCUGGGUGGAUGCAUUGGCAGCAGGUCCCAGGCAGCUCUCAGGCUGGGUCUGUGCCUUUCUUCCCUGCUUCCCCAGCCCCGGGCACAGCCUGACCCUCACUGAAAGGACAAGCUUCCCACGUAGCCCAGGAGAACCUGGAGGUGGUUAGAGCCUGGAGUGGGGCUCCUGCUGGUGGCUGGUCCACCUGUUCACAUGCAGCCCUGGAAUCCCCUGAUCCAGCCACCUACCCACUUCCCUCCAACUCUAGGGAGCAGCACAGAGAGGAUGCGGCAGUGUGCAGCAGUCAUGCUUUAGACUGACAGCCCGAGAGUAGGUAAUGCACAGGAUCUCUGACAGUGCCCCCCAACCUGUUCCAAGCCUGGUGGCUGCUCCCCAAGACUGGGUCUGUUCUGGUGCCUUGGGCACUUCUCAGGCUACACCCCAAGUUGAAGAUCCUUCAGGGCACACAAAGUCCUCAACUGAGCCCACCAGUCCUGCCCACCUUGCCUCCUUUGCAGGUGUUGGCUGCUUCCCAGGAACCCCGGAGAACCUCCACACCCAAUGGCAGCAACCAACCACACGGCCGUGGUGGAGUUUGUCCUGCAGGGACUCUCAGAUAACCCCCAGCUGCAGGGUGUCUUCAGUGCUCUCUUCCUCCUCCUUUACCUGACUGCUCUUAUAGGGAACGGCCUCAUCCUCAUGGCCAUCUGCCUGAACCCGGGGCUCCACACCCCAAUGUACUUCUUUCUCACCAACCUGGCCAUCUUAGACAUUGUCUGCACAUCCACUAUUCUCCCCAAGUUGCUGGAGAUCCUGAUGGAUCAGGGCAGCACCAUCUCCUAUGGAGGCUGCAUGACCCAGCUUUUCUUCCUGACAUGGAUCCUGGGGGCUGAGCUGCUGCUGCUCACUGUCAUGGCGUAUGACCGCUACGUGGCCAUCUGUCAGCCCCUGCACUAUCACACACUGAUGAGCAGGCCCCUCUGUGCCCUGCUGGCAGGCAGCGUGUGGGCAGUCAGUGGGGUUGACUCCUCUGUGCACACUGGCCUGAUGGCACAGCUAAUGUUUUGCAGCCACAAGCAUAUCCGUCACUUCCUGUGUGAAAUACCCACCCUGCUUCCUCUUGCCUGUGGUCCAACAAAUCUGAACAACAUUAUGAUCACCAUCGCAUCUGUUUACAUUGGUGUGGUCGACUUCCUGCUCACCAUGCUGUCCUACGCCUUCAUCAUCGCCAGCAUCCUGCGCAUCCGCUCAGCUGAGGGCAAGCGCAGGGCCUUCUCCACCUGCUCCUCCCAUCUCCUGGUGGUCUGCCUGUACUACUCCACUGUCAUCUACACCUACUUACUCUCAGGGUCUGAGUCCUCCAUGGAAAAUGGCAAAGUUGUUGCCAUAAUGUACACAGCAGUCAGCCCCACCCUGAACCCACUCAUCUACACUCUGCGCAACAAGGAUGUAAAAGAGGCUCUCAGGAGGGUGCUUCCCACAUUGAGUAAAUGAAAGGAAAUGGCCAAGUGUAAUCUUGAAAUUCAUAUAAUUUCAAAACUUGACUUUGGGUAUCUAAAUGGUGGAAGGUACUUCAUGUGAUAGAUUUAUAAGCAAUGUCCUCUGCCAAUGGGAACUGGACAUCUUUAUGGGGAACUUUAAACUUUCCAAGGAUCUAACUGUGGAUACUCUCAGGCUUCAGGGGAGCAGGAUGUGAGGGAGAAACAUGGGAGAGCCAGUGUCCAGGGGGAACAGCAGGAGACACAGGAAGGCACAUCCUCCAUGUCCUAACUCCAGGACCUCCUGACGUUUUCACCGAUUCAUGAGCACCAGGGACAAGGUUGUGUCCUUCACAUUUGGUCACCAUGGGCCACCCUCUCUUUCAGAGUGGGAUCUCGGGUUCUGGAGUGAGGCCCUUAGGCUCACUGCUUGGUGCAUUUUCCAUGGGAUCUCUCAGUAUCCUGAUUUGGAGAACCUCACCUGGACCCUGGUUAUCCAACCCACCUCCUCCUAGCGUGAAUUUGGGGAAGACACAAGAUUCCCUGCUCCUCACCACAUCUGUGGCACCAUGGAGAGGAGGGCAGAUGGCAUUAGGCAGCUUUCCAUUUUACUGACCUGCAGAAAAGAGAUCUAUUUUCAUAUAAUUUAGCUUUCAAAAAACAGGCACCAUGAAUCUUUAACAAAGAUGCUUUGUCAUCAUCACAGGAAAGAGAUUUUCUUGGCAAAAUCUUCUCCAACAUUUCUUUUAAGGACUCAGUUCCUUUUCAGUGUCAUUUUAUUAGUAUUGAUAUUAAUUAUUAUUAUUAUCAGCUUCAUGCCCUUUGUCUUGCCUUUAAAUAUUUGUAUUCUUCAUUGCUUCAGCCUAGACUCUCUUCUGGUAAUUGCAUCUUGUCCACAUCUGCAUUUAUCUUUAAUAUUUGCCAGAUAUACCCACAUUAAUAGCUGCAGUCCAUUCCUCACCUACAAACUCAGAUUCUUUGAUCUAACUACAGAGCUAACAUAGCACUUGGCAGUUUUCCAGGGAUCUUAUUCGACAGUCUACAUGUAUGCUUCUCAGUCCCCAAUUCCCAUCUAACUGUCAGAGUCAUGAUUACUGAAGGAUUCUCAGCCUCUUUCCCAGCCCCUGUCUGCAAAGCCUCCUCACGGGUAGUGAUUGAAUCUGAGCACCUCUCACGUCUGCUGCUUCUCCCUUCUCUGACACUCACCUGCAGAUACCAGAGCAUUCCUGCUGGAUGUCUCAGCACUGCCACCUGGUCUGUCCACAUCUAUCCUGACCUCCCAGUAUCAGUUUUCUGCCCUGUAUUCAGAGUAUAAAUUUCAUAACAUUUCCUGAUGUAAGGUUUCAGGCAUUUAGCAAAGUUGAAAGAAUUUUACAGUGAAGACAUAUUUGUCCAUUGUCUAAAUUCUACCAGUAGUUGUUCCCACCAUUGUAUUGUUACUAAUCCAUCUGUCCAUCAAUUCAACUUGUUUUUUAUGAAUUUCAAAGCAAGUUUCAAACAUUAGUACCCUUUCCUUAAAUAUAUCUUCUUGAUUAUGAUUUGGAUUCAAUGUUUGUUUAGGUCCUUUGCCCUUUGAUGUAAAAUUUUCAAUGAAAUAUAUAAAGCAGUGUGUACAUUUUCUGAAUUUUGACAACACUCACAGUUGUAUAACUCAACCCACUGUAAAGAUAUAGAAUAUUUUUCCCACCCCAGAAGGUUCCCUCUGCCCUUGUCCAGUUGAUCCCCACCCCACUCCUUGCUGAAGUCAUCACUGUUUUGUUUUUUUCCACUGUGGCUCAGUUUUUCUUGUCAUAGAAUGUCAUAUAAAUGGAAUUACAGAGUGCACAGGGCCUCUUU